AUGCUCCCACAUCCACACGCCUUAGCUCCUCACUUUCACCGAAUCGUGAAUGGGCUGCAAGUAGCACAUAUGACAGGAUCUACGGUCAAGGCACUUCGAAGAAACCACAGUGACAACUCAUCGCAGCCCAUCACCGCCAAAGACGUUCGUUUCUUCACCUUUCUCUUCGCGUUGAUUAAUGGUUUCAAAACAAUCUUUGUGUUUAGAACAUAUGAUCAAACCACAUACCAUAGACGCACGCCUUCCCCGCCUGGUGUACGAUCAAGAGAUCUUGCUGACCGCCACUUUGGUUCACCCUCACCUACGGGUUAUGAAAGGAAGUAUGCAAGCCCGUUUGCUGGCGGAGUACGACAGCAGGAGAAAGCUUACAGGUAUGGAGGAGUUUUACAGGAAAGGAUAUUUGGUGACUGUGGGCUUUCGAAAUAUGAUGUAAAAGCUUCUCCAUAACG